AUGGACCUUAUCACUCUCCGCGAGAACGAAGCAGCCUUCGAUCGCUACAAAAUCCGGCCCCGGAUCCUAAUCAACGUCAACAAGAUCGACACAUCUACAGAGAUCUUGGGCACCAAAAUCUCCUUCCCCCUCGGCUUCAGCCCCGCCGCAUCGCAAAAGCUCGCCCACCCAGACGGAGAAGUUGCCGCAUCCCGCGCAGCCGCAAAAUACAACAUAUGCUUUGGCCUAUCCUCCUAUUCAAACUACUCACUCGAAGACGUCGCGGCACAAGGCUCAGGAAACCCCUACGUGAUGCAGGUGUGUAUGUUGAAGGAUCGCUCGAUCACUCUUCAACUCCUGGAACGUGCUGAAAAGGCGGGAUACAAGGCCCUCUUCCUCUCUGUCGACGUCCCAUUACUUGGCAAGCGGCUAAACGAGUACCGCAACAACUACACCCUCCCGGAGGACAUGUCAUGGCCCAACAUCCUCAGCCACGGGAAAGAUACCUCUAGUCGAACAGAUUAUGAUCCAAGCCUCGACUGGGAAACCACGAUCCCCUGGCUCCGAAAAAACACCAAGCUCCCGAUCUGGCUGAAAGGAGCUCUACAACUCACAUCCCACACAGUGUACACGCCCGAAGACGUCGAACUCGCGAUUCAAUACGGUGUCGACGGAGUCGUGAUCUCCAACCACGGCGGCCGCCAGCUCGACGGCGUCCCCGCGACAUUGGACGCGUUGAGGGAAUGCGCGCCGGUCGCGGCGGGACGGAUUUCGCUGGCAAUUGAUGGGGGGAUUCGACGGGGAUCGGACAUCUUCAAGGCUGUGGCGCUGGGAGCAUCGUGUUGUUUUGUGGGACGGAUUCCGAUUUGGGGGCUUGCGUGGAAUGGGCAAGAGGGUGUUGAAUUGGCUAUUAAGAUUCUGCUGCAGGAGUUCCGGAUUACGAUGGCGUUGGCGGGGUGUCGAUCUAUUAAGGAGAUUAGGAAGAGUCAUCUGUCCAUCCUCAAGUCUGAUGGAGUAUUAUCGAAGCUAUAG